AUGGACGACUCAGAUCGCGUGACCGUCGAGCGGUCGUAUUUCGAGACAUUGCUUAGACGGCUCAGCAGCAUUCUGAAGCGGCAGCCCGUCGAUACAACGGAAAGACCGAACGCUAACGUGACAACCCAGCGCCGACUUCAACACCAACUCCAACUCCGGCUUGAACAUCACCGUCUCCAAGGUGGAGUAUCAGAACCUAGCGAGUAUCACGUGGCCUUGUCGUUGGAAAUUCCCACUAACCCGAGACACCAGGUUCGCACCCAUCGCGCGUUUCAAGCUCUCAAAGGCGCUCUGAUCGCAGGUGGCACCACGGAGGAGACCAUCAACAUCCUAAUCUCCAAUCCGGGUUGCCAGCGCAAGGACUCGGGCGUGGACACGGACAACGACGGCUUCGUCAUGGUCCCGCAACAGCCCGGUUCUCAAGGGUACGCAACCGGAGUCCAGCCAGCCUACAAGCACAUCCCAUGGAGGACUGGAUCACCUGCCUACGAACUGGCCGCAGCACCGGGAACGGCAAUCUUCACCAAUCCCAGGACUCAUCCGGACCAGGCUCAGGCUCCAGGAUCCGAGUACCCGCGCCAAGUCAGCUACAGAAUGCCAGCCGUUGCUGAUGCUAAUUGCCUCGCCGCUGAUGACGAUAUUGACAUGAUGGAGGACGCGCAACUGAUGAAUACUGACCUCGGCCGCACUUCUAGUAACGAGCAUCGUUCACUCUUCUUUAGCGGCUUGUCCGAUCGUACGACCUACCGCGAUCUGCUGUCUGUCAUCAAGGGAGGGAAGGUUCUGAGCGUCAUUCUCCUCGACAAGAAGAGUGCUGUUGUGUCGUUCGUCGACCAGGGGGUGGCCGAGGAGUUCCUGGCGUGGAGCAAGCGCAACGACAUCUAUGUGCAGACCAAGAGAGUAAGCCUGAAAGCCACCGCUUGCACCCCUCCGACCUCGAUUCUCGCAUCAAGUACUGACCCUCCCCAGAUCGAGGUGAAGUGGGCCGACCGUCAAUUCCAGCUCAAACCCUUCACCAACGACAAAGUCAUCCACGGCGCCACCCGCAACCUCUUCAUCCGCAACGCCGUCGCCAAAGGCCACACUGAAGCCAAGAUCCGCGACGAUAUGGAGCACAUCCACAACCUCGUCAUCAUCUCCGUCGACUUCCGCGGCAACGACGCCUUCGUCUCGACUAACUCGAUCCACACCGCCCUCUUCGCGCGCACCUGCAUGAUGAGCCGCACGACGUACAAGGGGUGUAAGGUCGAGUUCUACCCGGACGAGUGCGACGUUCCGCUUCCGCCGCGCACGCAGAGGAAGUACACGAUGCCCGCGCCUGUGGUGGAGGAGAAGAAGCCGACGAUGGCCAAUCGCUACAGGAUGUUGGAUUUGGCUGAGGCUGGUGAGUUCUUUCGGCAGAACGCAGAGCGUAACGCCAAGUUGCAGAAUCUUCGCUGA